CCAUGAUAGACUCAAAAGUCUAUAGUUUAGUCUGCUGCUUUAGUUUUUGUUUGCUGCAAUAUUAUUCAUUUAUUAAUUGUCAUUUAAUAAGUCAAAUUAGUGCUUGAUUUUCUCAGCAAAUCAUGGCUAAUAUAUUGUAUGUAGUGCCGUUGGUGGCCUUAGAAAUAGGAUCAAGUUGUUUCAUUCUUUUUCUAUUUAAACCUUUUAUAUUUUCAGCAGAAAGGAAGAGAAAAAUAUCAAUUAAGAGAAAAUCUCUUUGGUUCAUUCUCACCAUAAGUAGAAUACUAUCUUGGCUUUGACUGGGACCUAUCAGUGCUGCUGUCGGGCAACUUCAAGAUUCCAUUAGCAACAUGGGUCAAGGGCUUAACGAAAAAUUGCAGCAAAUUGAAAAAGCCAUCUCGAAGUUCUCUGAGAUGACUCUUCCUACUAAAGAAGGGACCAGCAGUGUCGGUGACCAAACCAGUCAGGUUCGCGACAAACAAGUUGGACCUAGGGAUGGAGGGAACUCCAGCUGCCGAAAAAGUUUCCUUGGCCUCUUAUCACCUUCGAGGAGAGGCGAAUGAAUGGUGGCAGUGGCUUCGCCGAACUCACACUGAAGCGGGGACAACAGUGACGUGGGACAUAUUUUCUGAGGAAUUGUGGUCUCGUUUUGGGCCCACUGAUUGUGAGGAUUUUGACGAAUCCUUAUCAAAAAUUCAGCAAACAGGACCCCUACGUGACUAUCAACGAGAAUUUGAAAGACUGGGUAAUCGGGUUAAGGGAUGGACGCAGAAGGCGUUAGUGGGAACGUUUAUGGGAGGUUUGAAGCCUGAAAUUGCCGAAGGAAUUCGAAUGUUUAAACCGAAAACGUUAAAAGACGCCAUCAGUUUGGCUCGGAUGAAAGACGAGCAAUUACAACGACAAAAGUCAGAUUCUAAACAUGAAAGUGUGUUGUCUCCGACAAGGAACAAGCCUAGCACUCCAUUAAAGCGCUUAAACUGGGAGGAGAUGCAGAAUCGGCGAACAGCUGGUUUGUGUUUCAAUUGCAAUGAGAAGUUUACUCCUGGACAUAGAUGUGCAAAGCCACAACUGCUUCUUUUGGAUGGUAGACUUGAAACCGAAGAGGAUGAUGAAGGCGGCGGUUCGGAAAAGGCACUUAAAUUGCAGAGAGGUCUCCAAUUUUGAUGUUUGAUUCCUUUCUUUGAACCUUGAGGACAAGGUUCUUUUGGGAGAGGGGAGUAAUG